CGGCGGGCGAAGGCGCUCCAUGGGGGGCCGGCCGCGAUUCGGUGCCCCUUCGAUUCGGCUCGUCUCCAAAGCCCCGGAGAGAGCCAGCAAAAGCAACCGGCCGAGACUGCUGUGAAGGCCUGGGCCGCUCCCGGACUGCCAGCCGUAUGCCACAACGCUUCUCGGGCCUGUUGCGGUGCCCACAGCCCCAGCCGCCAGAAUGGUAUGAUGCUGACCUGUUUCUAACAGCCCGGCGAAGGAAGCGCUCUCUCGCUUUGUGAGGAUCUGGCCAUCACAGACGUCGAUGCCCCCAGCGCCACCCCCAGCGCCUCGUCCCUCACGAUGUCCCAACUGUCCUCCACCUUGAAGCGCUACAUCGACUCGCCCCGCUACUCCGACCCCUCGUCGUCGUACAGCAAGGCCUCGUCCACCUAUGGGGCUUAUUCUUCUUACACCUCCAACCUGUCCUCUUCGUACCCGGACAAGGAGAAGGUCGGCUACAAGCCCGGCGCCAGCUCCGGCUACCUGACGUCCGCCCACCUGCGGGCCUCGGGGGCCAUCUCCUCCUCUUCUUCCUUGAACUACGAUGGGGGCGGGCGGCUGCUCCAGCGGCCGGAUUCUGUGGCCAGACUCAGCCCCAGCUACUGCCGGGUGCCGGUGAGAACCCCUGGCAGUGGGGGGCUGAGCGGCGGGGCGGUCGGCUACUCCGUCAGCAACACGGCCUCCCCCAGCUAUGGCAGCACGCUGGCCCGCAAGAAGUCCAGUAGCCACAUGGACCUGGCCCGAGACCUCUCUGGCAUCCACCUCUCUUCCAGCUCCUACCAUGCGGACCCGUCUCCGUCCUCCUCCAUCCUCGUCCGAGGGGGUCCCUUCGUGGCCCGCCCCCGCCAGGAUUUGUGCACCCUGCAGGGCCUCUACCAGUCCACCCAGCACUCGGAUUACGUCAAGGACUAUCUGGAGUCUUACGGGCGCAAAGGUGGGCGCUCCCCGGCCCCCAGCCUUCACGGCUCCACGCAGGAAGUGAUCACCCCGACGCUGAGGCCCACCAGCCACUGCUCACUCCAGCAGUGGGACCAGCCGGACAGCCGGACGGACAUCCUGGCCAAGGAGACUUCGAAUUCGAAAACAGUCCAGGGUUUGACCGGCCUCCGUAACCUAGGCAACACCUGUUUUAUGAACUCGAUCCUGCAGUGCCUGAGUAACACCAAAGAACUUCGGGAUUAUUGCCUCCAGAACCAGUACCUUCGCGACCUCAACCAGAACAGCCGCAUGCAGAUGGCUCUCAUGGCAGAGUUUGCCAAACUCAUCCAGGCCUUGUGGACGUCAUCUCCAAAUGAAUCUGUGAGUCCUUCCGAAUUCAAGACGCAGAUUCAAAGAUACGCUCCCCGCUUUGUUGGUUACAACCAGCAGGACGCCCAAGAGUUCCUACGGUUUCUCCUGGACGGGCUUCACAGCGAGGUCAACCGCGUCCUGGUUCGCCCCAAAGGCAGCAGUGAGAACCUGGACCAUCUCCCGGAUGAAGAAAAGGGCAGGCAGAUGUGGAUAAAAUACCUGGCCAGAGAAGACAGCCGGAUUGGGGAUCUUUUCGUUGGGCAGCUGAAGAGCUCUCUCACCUGCAGCGUCUGCGGGCACUGCUCGACGGCCUUUGACCCUUUCUGGGACCUCUCCUUGCCCAUUGCCAAGAAAAGCUACGGCGAGGUGAACUUGAUGGACUGCAUGAGGCUCUUCACCAAGGAAGAUGUCCUGGACGGAGACGAGAAACCGACCUGCUGCCAUUGCAAGGCCAGGACAAAAUGUACGAAGAAGUUCAGCCUCCAAAGGUUCCCCAAGAUCUUGGUGCUACACCUGAAGCGUUUUUCGGAGGCCAGGAUGCGAUCCAGCAAGCUCACCACCUUUGUUAAUUUCCCUCUCAAGGACCUGGACUUGAGGGAGUUUGCUUCCCACAGCUGCAACCACGCCAUUUACAACCUGUACGCCGUUUCCAACCACAGCGGGACGACCAUGGGUGGCCAUUACACCGCCUACUGCAAAAACCCCAUCUCCGGAGAGUGGCAUGCGUUCAAUGACUCACGCGUCACGCCUCUCUCCUCCAGUCACGUCCGGAGCAGCGAUGCCUACCUGCUUUUCUACGAGCUGGCCAGCCCGUCCUCCCGAAUGUAGCUUCCGCCCGCCCGCCCUGCACCACCGCAAAGCCUUGAAGGAAAAAAGGAAAAAGGGUUGAGUGCCAGCUCAUGG